AUCGAACUGUGUAAACAGAGCGCGUUCAGUGUUUUUUGUCCCGGUGCCUUCCUUAAAGUGUUGUGAUUUUCUUCAAACCACGUAAGUCAUUCAACACUCAACAGCCUCUCCGUAAACAACAAUGGACAUCAACCUGGACACCCUGGCCGACUACGGCUUCGUGUUCGACGACGAUGGUGACGACCUGCAGCAGGUCGACCUCGGGGACAUUGUGCACCCCGCCGAACCUUGCUCCUCCGUGCUUGACGAACUCAUCGUCGAAUAUCUGAGCGGCACCGACAGCCAGAGCAGCAUUGGCAGCCAAUCUUCCGCAGCAGUAGUAUCACCAACGUCGUCUUCGGAGUUUUCCGCCCCGGAUGAGGAGGAGGACUUCAAGCCGAGUACUUUUCAGGAGUUGUUCAGCUUGAUUGAAGAUUGUGACGAGCUUGUGGUACCGCCGGUGGAUGUUGUGGAGUUGAACAGUUACCUGCCAAAAAAGGAACCGCAACAGUUCUAUGACGUCAUUCAAGUUGUUUCGUCAGACCCAGUGUUGCCAGACGCUUCGAAGAUCGUCCCAGUGGCCAGCUACUUCGUUGACAGCAACGGUCUCCUCCAGGUCUACGACCCAAACUCGUCCGUAAUGCCGGGUCAACCCAAGAAGCGAGGUCGUAAGCCACUUCCCCGACCCAAGGGUAUCCCCGGGGAAACCUACUGCCACCACUGCGACAAAAACUUCAAGAGCAAACGGGGCCUGCUGCAACACACCAACACUCAUCAUUCGGGAAUCAAACCGAACAGCUGCGACAAGUGUGGCAAGCGGUUCGAUAUGCGCGAGGACAUGCUGAGGCACCGGGAGCGGCACUUGGCGGACAACAAACCGUAUGGAUGUGCGACUGGAGGUUGUGGGAAGCGCUUCAUGUACCAGUCGGAUUUGGAUCGGCACGCGGCGCUGAAGCACGGGAAGGCCCCACACAGUUGUGGGAUUUGUGGGAAAGGGUUCGGUCGGAGGGAUCACGUGGAGAAGCAUGAGCUUAGUCAUUAUUAUAAUACUGUUAAGAAAGAAUUGAACUAA